CAAGCUUAGUUUUAUUCCCUCUUUGUUUACAUAAAAUUUUGACUUGAAUUAUGCUAAAACUACUUAAUAGCUACCGAAAAUGUAUAAUUAACAAAAAUAUAUCACCAGCUUUGUGCUACUCAUCACAUGCACCUGAAAAAGGAUUCAACAACAAGCCAAAUGUGUCGGAAAUCAAAGCUGACUAUAUUGGCCCACCAGAUGAGUCUUCAAACAUCAGGCCAAUCCUUAGAUAUGCUCCAGAUGAUGAAACACAUUUACAGAAAAAAUUACGAUUGAAAAGAAUCGAUGCUGAACAAUUUGUUUCUGGAUUUUGGAAGAAUCACAAUAAGCGGUUCUUUACAGAGAAGAGCAAUUUUAUAGCAGAAAGGCAAGGAGAUAAGGAACUAAAUGCAGACGAAAUGAGUGAAUUCUAUAAGAAAUUUCUUGACAAAAACUGGGAGUCACACUUUUAUUUCAAUAUUAUGUGGUAUAUGAAGAAUUUUGAGUUAUUGUAUCUAGCUUUAUUAGUAAAUGUACAGAAAGGUAUUCGUAAAAUAAAGAAUUAAUUUAUUAGAACUAAAAUUUCAU